AUGCAGGAUGUGCUACCCAGGUUUUCUUUAUAUUUUUCUUUUUUUGGUGCAGAGUAUUCUGUUCUCAUCCUCACGUCCUAUGACUGCUAUGUUGCCAUCUGCAAGCCCCUGCACUACGGGACGCUCUUGGGCAACAGAACGUGUGCCAAGAUGGCAGCAGCUGCCUGGGGCAGUACAUUUUUCUAUGCUCUGCUGCACACUGCCAGUACAUUUUCCCUGGCCCUCUGCCAAGGCAAUGCUGUGGACAAGUUCUUCUGUGAAAUUCCCCAGAUCCUUAAGCUCUCCUGCUCAAACUCCUACCUCAGAGAAGUUGGACUUCUCAUGUUAAGUUCCAUUUUGGAUUUUGGGUGUUUUGUUUUCAUUGUGCUCUCCUACGCGCAGGUCUUCAGGGCCGUGAUGAGAAUUCCAACAAAGCAGGGACAGUACAAAGCCUUUUCCACGUGCCUCCCUCACCUGGCCGUGGUCUCCCUGUUUCUAAGUACUGUAAUUUUUGCCUACCUGAAGCCCCCCUCCAUCUCUUCUCCAUCCCUGAACAUGGUGGUGACAGUUCUAUACUCCAUGCUGUCUCCAGUAGUGAACCCCUUCAUCUACAGCAUGAGGAACCAGGAGCUCAAUGAUUCAGUGUGGAAACAGCUGACUUUCUGUGUAUCAGUGGCCACAGUCUGUCUUCCUUCUGCAGAUGACUCCCAGUGUAUCUCAUGA